GAGUAAUUUUACUUGUAAUAUUAUUUCACAAACAAUUUUUGUGUUGUAUCAGAAUAUAAAAUUAAUUAAAAUAAACGAAAAUGGCUAAAUUUAAAAGUGUAUUAGUUUAUACAAUGGUUUUAUGUGUAUUUAUAUCCAUGUUUAUGGUUGAAGUAGAAGCACGGAGAAAAAUUUUAAAAGGAAGAAAAACCUUAACAAGAACAUAUGUUAAAAAAGGUGGCUUACCUGCAUGGUCAGUUGUCGUUUUGCUUGGACUCGGAAUGGUAGUUUGUGGUGGUGUAGUUUAUGCUAUAAUGAGAAAAGUUAUAAUUCAAGCACCUCCAGCACAUACUUACACACCUGCAAAUCAAUUAGAAUCGUAAAAUGAAACCUGAAUAAUCUUCGUUUAU